UCGUAUUUAUCGAAUAAAGACUCAGUGACUGAAAUCAUGGAUCAGUCGAGAAACAGGCCGAGCAGGCCACGACUGCGUUCGCACGGCAACUCUGCUAGAGUGCUUGUGUUUGAAAAUGAGACGGAAGAGACUGCUUGCAAUGUGGAAACUGAAACGCAUAAACGUCCAAUCUUACCCAAAGUGGAGAGCAAAGAAGCUCCAGUUCGACCUGUGAGUGGAGAAUUAUCCAAUCUAGUUCGUAUGAGAAAUUCUGCCAUUGGAAAGUCAGCACCUUCUUUAUCGGUUCAUAUACGUGAUUUCAACAUUCCUCGUCGUACCGCUAAAGCGGUUCAUCGCAAAUCUUUCAUCGCCACCACGUCGCCUACCUUACCACGUUGCCAUUCACCUUUAUCAGCGUUCGUCCCAAUCGUAGGCAGUCCCCUAGAGAGUCCUAGGAUGUCAUCCAGUCCACACUUUGCUUUUGCUCCGAUUAAAAGGAUCGGCGGGAAUGCUACAGGAACCGGUGAUGGCAGAAGAUGGUCAGUCGCCAGUUUACCGUCCAGCGGUUAUGGAACAACGCCUGGCUCCAGUAAUGUUUCGUCGCAAUACUCGAGCCAAGAACGUUUGCAUCAACUGCCAAAUGUUCCUACCAAGGACGAGUUGCGUAUGUUAUCUUGCCACUUUUCUAAACCUGGGACACCAUGCUCUUCACAUCCGGGCUUUCCAGGCUCUAGCAUAUCUAGUAUCCCAGGUAGCGUGUCGCUUAGUCUCGAAGAGGAGGGUCGUCGAUCGCCGUUGCAUCGUCCACGUUCGCACAGUUUGAGCAGCCCGAGCCGAUCACCUGUUCUUGACAGCGAGAUCGUCAUGAUGAAUACUUUAUACAAGGAGAGAUUUCCGAAGGCAACGCAACAAAUGGAAGAACGACUGACCAAUUUUAUCAAUGAAAACAAGGAGAUAGACGAAUACGAAGUGGUGGCUCACAUGACACAGGAUUCAUUGCCAAUUUUACGCUUUGUCCAUCAUCAAGUAAUCGAAAUGGCCAGAGACUGCUUACAAAAAUCUCAGGAAAAAUUAAUUACAACGAGAUACUUUUACGAAAUGAGCGAAAACUUGGAACAUCUGUUGAUGGAGACGAAAGAUAAAUCUUUAGAAGCUGCAACGAGACUAACAGGGCUGAUAAGGAAACUUUUAUUGGUUAUAUCGCGUCCAGCUCGUCUAUUAGAGUGCUUGGAAUUUGAUCCCGAGGAAUUUUACCAUUUACUCGAGCAAGCGGAGGGUCAAGCCAAGAUUAAUGCUGGAAUAAAAACCGAUAUUCCCCAAUAUAUUAUCACGAAACUUUCUUUAAGCAGAGAUCCCAUAUCUGAGUUGCAAGAGGACUUGAAUAAAUUAGAAGAUUCGGCGAGUUCGAGCGACAGCAAUUUGCAACUGACAUCGAGUCCGAAUAAAGAUGAUGACAAGAAUCAACGGAUUCCGUGUGAGAAUGACUACGAAGUACUGAAGCUUAUCAGUAAUGGCGCGUAUGGUGCGGUGUAUUUAGUGAAAGAAAAGACCACUCGACAAAGAUUUGCCAUGAAGAAAAUCAAUAAGAAUAACUUAAUGUUGCGAAAUCAAGUGGAGCAAGUGUUUGCUGAAAGGGAUAUAAUGAGCUUUACAGAUAAUCCAUUUGUAGUUUCUAUGUAUUGUAGUUUUGAAACCAAGAAACACUUAUGCCUAGUAAUGGAGUACGUAGAAGGAGGUGAUUGCGCAAAUCUUUUGAAAAAUAUCGGUCCACUGCCACCAGACAUGGCAAGAUUUUAUUUCGCUGAAACUGUCCUGGCUGUUGAAUAUUUACAUAGUUACGGCAUUGUACAUCGGGAUUUGAAACCUGACAAUUUACUUAUCACUGCCCUGGGACACAUCAAGCUUACCGACUUCGGCCUCAGUAAAAUGGGUUUAAUGUCUUUGGCGACGAACCUUUACGAGGGAUACAUUGACCGAGAUACGCGACAGUUCUCGGAUAAGCAAGUAUUUGGUACACCAGAAUAUAUUGCUCCGGAGGUCAUAUUACGUCAGGGUUACGGUAAACCAGUCGACUGGUGGUCCAUGGGUAUCAUAUUGUACGAAUUUCUGAUCGGCUGUGUUCCGUUUUUCGGUGAGACGCCUGAGGAAUUAUUUGCUCACACAGUGAACGACGACAUCGAAUGGCCGGACGAGGACGACUGGCCUGUUCAGCCUGAGGCUAAGGAUAUUAUAACAGUUCUUCUACAUCAGAGUCCUAGAGAUCGUUUGGGGACUGGCGGAUCGCACGAAGUUAAGGAACAUCCGUAUUUUUAUGGAGUAAACUGGAACAGUCUGCUCAGGCAGAAAGCUGAGUUCGUGCCGCAAUUGGUCAACGAUGAAGAUACAAGCUAUUUUGACACUCGUAUGGAUAGGUAUAAUCACGAUUUAGGCGACGACACAGACGACACCGAUGAUUCUCCCUUGUUCGGCUCGUUCUCGUCGUACUCACCUCAAUCGCGCAAAAUCUCGCAAACGCGGCCGCCUCAGUUGAAUCCUGACGUUGAGUCGGACGCUACGAAGAAACAAUUGUUCCGUUACGAAUUGGAGCGCACGGUCGCUCAAUUAUCGCUCGGUUCGAAUGCGUCGUCCGUCACACCCCCGUCGAAACUGGCCGACGAGAAGCACCGGUCGCUCUCGUCGUUGAAGAACAGUUCCUGCACCGAAAAUCAAAACAGAACCGAUAAAUCAAACACGUCAGCCACGUCCGCCACAGUCUCGAGCAACGAGUCCCAGCUGACGGUUGUGAAGAAUGCCCAGACGGAGGGAAUGUCGAUUAACCUGAGCACACCCGAUUCCUCGCAAACCGAGUCCGAGGACAUUAGCCCGCAGAUCCAGAGGAAGCGGCAUACGCACUCCCGUGACAAGCUGCCCAGGUUCAGUAUAUCCGUUGAUGACGAACACAUGUUGGACCUGGCAGCGGCGAACAAAGACACGGCGGAAGAUAGUAAGCAUAAUUCCAGCACCGACUCCUUCGAGUCCUUCAGCGCGAUACCCAUGUUACCGUCCGCGAGGCAGAAGUCCAGAUCCGUCAUCAAAUCCGCGUCGACCAGUGGACUAUCACUGGUCAUCCCAACCAGCGACUUUUCUUAUGACGCGUCGCUGAAUGCUCAACCCAUCGAGUCACCGGGUGGCUCCUCAACCGCCUCCUCGAGGGACACUUCGCCCUGUCGCGAGCUGAGUCCUUUAGUGACUAGUCUGAAACCGCCCAUUAUUAUCCGACGUGGACCAUGCGGUUUUGGCUUUACCGUGCACACUAUUAGAGUUUAUUAUGGCGACAGUGACUUAUAUACUAUGCAUCAUCUAGUGAUGGCGGUCAAUCAGUCCAGCCCGGCAUUUGAAGCAGGCUUGAGACCGCGCGAUUUGAUAACGCACAUAAACGACGAGCUGGUGCAAGGUCUGAGUCACACCGAGGUCCUGAAGCUGUUGCUGAGCGGUGGUGACCAUGUGACGUUACGUAGCACGCCAUUGGAAAACACCAGCAUCAAGACCGGCGGUAGGAAGCGGGAUCUCGCGCAGAGUAAGCUGGCACGCCGAACGUUGCACAAGCAGCGGAAACAGAAGCGCGAUCACUCGGACAAGAAGCGCAAGACGUCGCUGUUCAAGCGGAUUAGCUCGAAGCGCGCGAGUGUGGAGAUGCAGCAGCCAUUAACUAUCAGUUGUCCAUUGUCAGCACCCAUUUUGCCCAGCGACAGCAAACCUCCACUUAUGAUGGCCGCCGGAAUUUGCUCGCCCUCGAUGGUCACACCCAGUCGAUCGUUUCAGUCGUUUACUCGCUCGCAGGAGACGUCACCUUACUUCGCGGCAUGCGCGAAAUCUGUUUGUAGCCCGUCCCCGCCGACUAAUCGCGCUAAUUCGGAGUCUUAUCAUUCCACUGGGAAUUCGAGCCCGUGCUCGAGCCCGAACUCCUCGUCACCGGGCUCCAACACGUCCGUGGGAAAUCUCACCGGCAUCUCGAACCAGUCGCACUACCAACGUCCGAGCACACUUCAUGGUCUGAAGCACAAAUUGCAUACGGCUGCGAAGAACAUCCAUUCGCCGAAUCGCAGGAAGUCCGUGGGCCAUAUACCGUUGUCGCCGUUGGCUAGAACGCCGAGUCCGUCACCGAUACCCGCUAGCCCGACGAGAAGCCCGAGUCCGUUGGCGUUCCCCACGGGUCAUCAGCCGGGUAGUUCCAACACCACACAGUCGUACAGUCCAGGUGUGUGCUUGUCGACGCCGAAUAGCCAGAAGAAAGGAUACGGCCGUCCCAAGUCCGCAGAGCCGGGUUCGCCGUUACUUCGUCGAGCGCUCAGUCCCGACCGGCUGCAUCCGCGCUCAGCGGAGAGCAAAACAUCGAUCUCGCCGUUGGCGAACACUGUGGUGAAGGUAACGCCUCGCGUAACUAUCGCGCAAUCGUCGCACAACGAGGCGUUCGACGACGCCGGCGACGGUUUCAAGGAGACCGCUGAUGCGAAAGGUGAUAAGAAAGUGCCAAGCGAGCAGAAAGCGGAUUAUUCGAAAUUGACGCACGGUAUAUCCAUCAAUUUGGGAAACGUGAGCAUGUCGAAUUCUUGCGCGGGCACGCAGCUGCCGCGGAUAGCCGAGGAGAAAGACUCACCGACUGGUAGCAAGGGUGACGACUACACAUCGAAGGAGAUCAGCGAGAAGAGCGAGAAGCAGUCGACGAGUGCCAGCCAAUCUGGAGAUGCUGGGAAUAAUGAGGCGCGCUGCGACAAUGAACACGUGAUCACGGUUAUCGAUAAGGCGUCGCAGAGCAGCAAAAAGGAGGAGAACGUUCAGCCCGCAGGUGUUUCAGCGAACACGCAGCUAAUGCAUCACGUUACUACUACUACUACUACUACUGCGACCUCGCAGAAAAACGUGGACCAGAGACACGGUCAAGCUGGCGAGAAGUCGACUACGUCGUCCUUGACACACAAGACGCACGUGUUCGAGCAGAAAGCUUCCGCCAAGGGCAACGUAGAGGCUCAUCAGGAGGCUAGGAAGUUACUGAAGAAACAUAAGAUCGAGUCCACCGACAGUACGCACGAGAGCAACGCUCCGCUGGGAAAGGACAAGAAGAACAAUUAAUACCGGCGUUGGUAAUGGAGGAGGAGAAAAAAGCAUCGGUCGAAUAUAUAUGUCGCGAAGAAUCUUUUUGAUUAGAUAUCUGUGUGUUAAUCAAACGCGAGAUAAGAAGCAAGUCAUCUUCCGCAGGAUUUGAAGUGGAAGAUAUCUGAUGUUCGUACGAGACACGAGAGACUAAUCAAAAGGAGAAGAGAGAAAGAGGAAGAGAGGGAGAAGACGAGAGAAAAGCGAGCAGAAGAGAGAGAGAGAGAGAGAGAGAGAGAUGGCAGAUUUUGAAUUUAUAGCUUUAUGAAAUUUCUAUAUUCAAAUCUAUAGGCUUCCGUCAAACAAAUACCUGAAAGCGAUUAAGAUACUUAUAUUUCCGAGAGGUUUUAACUAUUUUUCCGUAAAGUAAAAUGUUUGUCAUACACAAGAGACGUACGAUCGCAUGACGAGGAACAUUCAAACAGAUAUACAGGCGAGAGAGAGAGAGAGAGGGGGGGUGGAGGGGGGAGAGAGAGAGAGAGAGAGAGAGAUACGUUAUUUUAAUUGUGUCCAAACGCAUAUUCGUAAAGUUACUAACUCGAAAUCACGAAACGGCAUAUUAUAGUUGCUCCAGCAGUGAGACCACGUUUCAAGUGAAGUGAAGUUAUGCUUCGGGCUACAGUAUUUACACGAUCUCAUUUACAUUUGUAUCUAAUAUUAGUGCACAUACACAUAUACACACAUAUAUACAUACGCUCACCCAUACACCAGAGAAACACACAUUCAUGUUCACAUAUAUAAAUAUAUAGUCGACAUAGUAUUCGAUGGCUCGCAUAUAUCAUCUUGCGUACGGUAUAAUUUUAUAAUAGGGUGUUUAUUUUUCAGAAAUUUGGGGAAAAAAGCGGAGAAAGAGAAUUAUAUACGAUACGCUAUUUUAUCGCGAUAAUUUAUAUACAAGAUGAUUCCGUUGGACACAUUGUCGUGAGAUAAUCGAAAUUACAGAGAGAGAAAGAGAGAGCAAGAGAGCAGUGAUAUGUGCCGUUACGAAGAGAGAUGCAAUUGGUGUUUGCACAUUCGCAUAACUCAGGUAUCUCGUCGCGUAUAACUGCUUAACGAUGUUACAUCAUCAUAUAGGUCAAUUAGAAGUAUACAGGUAUACCUACUGUCCACUAGCACAGCAGAAUCAAACACUUAUCGCCGCGGAAGCAUCUUGCAUAAUUUAAACGGUAGAGAUAGCAGCAGAGAUAUAUGAAAGGUUGAAGCUCGAUACACCGCAAAAUGCAUUGAAAUUUUAGUAUUAUACAUAUAUAUAUAUGUAUCAUUAGUUUCACACACUGUUAAUUUAUUGUAUAUACAUAUAUAUAUAUAAUAUUGUAUAAUAUUAACGAGUCGAGAAUGCUUUUACCAGAGAAUAUAUUAGCGUUUCGUUACACUUGUGUUACAUUUGAUCGAAUUUGAAUUUAUUUUUGCUCGCUGUUGCGUCAACGAAUAAAACGAAAAAAAAAAAAGAAACGAGAGGGAAAUGAAUCUGCAUCAGCAUCGAAAAACAAGCAAGCAAGCUUCGUCUCUGCCAUAGAUACAAUUUGUCCGCAUUGCCACAAGCGAUACAUGACACCAGUAAUUUUGUCGCAAAUCAGCACGAUGAUUCAGUCAGCUGAGAAUCGAUUAGCUCGUUUUCGAAUCAAUGGUAAUCGGUACGUGCUGACAUUUGUAAAAUUGUAUUUGAUCACAUGUCCCGUAUUGAUCAACUGUCGCUAACAAAAUCGUAGCUUCUAUUCAGUCGAUAGAAUCGCGAAUUCUAUUAGCGAUUAUCAUCGAGACGUGAAAAAAAGUGUCGCAGAUGCUAUUCGUUAAUAGAAUUGAGUCGCACUGAUCGAUAUUUGUAAAAGUCUGCGUGUUUAUUGUUGCAGAAUUCGGUAAUAGUCGUUUUAGCUUCGCUUAGCAAGAAUGUAAUGCCAGCUUUGUUUUUUUUUUUUUUUUUAUUUAUUCGUGUAGUCUCCUUUUUUCCUUCUUUUCUCUUUGUAGUCCGUCCGAUUAUACAAAUGUUAGCGCGUACUAUAAUCACUGCUCAUAGCGAUAAAAUCUACUCUAAAUGUUCAUGUUGCUCAUUAGUUGUAUAAAACGAUACGUUCACGCCAUGCGAUAAAAUUAAACUUGUAGACGUAAGGCUAUUAUUACAUGUAAGAAGAAAAACUGCGCGGCGCUGAGCGCUUCGAGCGACUGGGCAAUUUGCUGCGGUAGCUUAAAGCACGCGAAUUUUCGUCGGAAAGUCCCGCGAUGAGUUUUUUCUAUCGGGGAUUUUCCGCGGGACUUAUUUCUAAAUUUUCACCGCAUAUCGUCGAUUACCUCGGUAUUCACACGCGCUUGUGUACUCGAGUUUCGUAUCUAAAACGGGAGCCUCAACAAUCUCGGACUCUUCGGACGAAGAUUUCGCGCGAGAUUUCACAAUUUCUCUCCCACGCGAACGGUAACGGCGCGAUAGAUUUAGAGACACGUAUCCGAGUAAUUUCUUUCUAUCACUUCGUGACGAGCCAUGUUAAUCGAAUUGACGUAUCGAGCGAUGUUAUUGAGUAGGUAGGUAAUGUCGCGCUUUAAUGGAGUCGAGCGCAGAGCGAGCUCGAGUCGUCGCACGAGGGAGGCUGAAUUGUUCGCUAAUAGACAUCGCACCUUCGUCUUGUUUGUUGAGCAUUUUUUCGUUGAGCAUUGUAUAUCUCGCUGAGUUACUGAUAUUAUCAUUGACGUCCGUUUUAGUCUUUAGUCGUUACUGCGUAGGUGCUCGCGAUUUCGAAAAUGCGGCUAAGUUUCCUGAACACGUUGCGAGCCAUAUAUACUAUUUAUUACGGCAAGGGAGUCGAGGAAGUAAACUUCCUCCUCUUCGCAGCUUUUGAGCAAAUUUUUGUAAUUCGUCGUCGAUCGACUCGUUUUCGCUAUUGUUAUUGUUUAAAAAGUUGUGUGGUUUAGCUUCCUUCAUUAUGAUGUGAUGUUUUGGUGUUUCUUCGGAGAAUACUUCGGCGAUUCGUUGAGUGAUAUCGUGUGAGCGCGUCGCUACAAAUUAGAGAAGGGAGAAAUACACGUAGAGACACACGCUCCACCUAAUAAGUAUAAAUCAUACUUUACAUCGUGUCGUACGUAGUGCGCCCCGUGUGAACGAUUCUGAAGCGAUUCACUCGGAGGAACGACAUACAUGAUUAUUGCAAUCAGGAAACUCAGUCCUAGAAGAUUUAAAGGAGCACUGGAUGUUUCCGCGUAUUAAGUUUCGUGUAACGGUAUGGAGUAAUUAAUAUUAUUCGUAGGCUGUCGUAGCUAGCGUGUAUGAGUUGUACAUUAUUAUUACAUCAUAGACACGAAAGCAUUAUUGUUACUUUUCGAAUCGAUAGAGACAGGGACGGAAAGAGAAGGGGAGCCGUUUCCAUUGUCAUGCUUGCGUAUCGUAAGUGACCGGUUAACGAGAGAGAGAGGGAGGGAGGGAGGGAGGGGGGGAGAGAGAGAGAGAGAGAGAGAGAGAGACGCUUCUCGUAACGAGCUACGAGAUUUGUAAAUUCUUUAAAAUGAUGCCGUAUAAAAUCAGCAGAACGAGUAUCGAGAACGAUGAGUCGCUUUGUCGCGAAGGACAAUCUAACGUGGAUGAGGCACAAAGGUAGCACAGAGUAGCCGAGUUGGCGUUACCCCGUGAUUCUAUCGUUUCCCGGAAUAAGGUAAAGGACACGGCUCCGACUUUUAGUAUUGUACAUGAAUUCGUUCUCGUAAGAGACAGUCGCGCGCGCAUAGACAUUAAGAGCGCACGUAGAACGUGUCAUCGUCGUAAUCGUUGCGGACGGCGUGAGUUUGCAAGACAGCGAACUCGAGUCGUGUGUGUUUGUUUGUUUGUGCGUGAGGUUUCUCUGGAACGUUGAAUGAAUUUGCAGGAAACACAAAUGAAGAAGAGACGCGUGCGCGUCUGGUUUUGUUGAGAAUCUAACGGGUUCGUUUGAAGGAUGAGAUAAGCCCAUGAUUGAUCUGUCGGGAGAAGAGAAAGAGAUCCAUUUUAGAUGACUUCAUAUUUAAACGGAGUGAAUGAACGAUUAGGUGAUUGUGUACUUAUUUUCAUUCUCGCAUUGAAGCUUCCGAUAUUAUUUCGUUACCUUUUACCGUCGGUUGUGAUUUUAUAGGGAGAAGAAUAUGCGAGCGAGUGAUGAAUGUGUUGCUAUAUCUAUAAAAGCGGUUACUUUCUUUUUUUUUCUUUUCUCUUUUCUUCUUGUCACACACACAUAUACACACACACACACACACAACGCAGCGCAGGUUUCCCUGGAACGUCAGAAUAUCCAGACUCCCUUCAGCGCGCAUUCGGCAGCUUGAAACGAAGCGUCGGCCGCACGUGUGCGUAUACUUUCUUUUGUAUCGCUACGAGAGCAAACAAGAUGAUUGUACUUGAGUGUGAUUGUAACAAGAUACAGAUUUGUAUAAAUGCCAAUGAUACGC